UUCCUAGUCACUCAGUCAGUAACAAUAACACAGCGGCUGAUGUCGGCACAAAGCAAAGUCUCUCCAACAAACGCACACAGACACACGCUCUCCUCCGCGUACACGCACACCGCCGCUCUGUUAAGACCGCUUCCUUUGGGCUGCAUGCACACCUGAGAGAAACUUGAACAGACUGGAGGAGAGGCGAGCGGAGAGGAGAGACCAGAAGAGAAGGGAGCAGAUAGAUAAAAGAGAAGAGGAGAGAGGAAAAGUGGAGAGACCAUUUGGGGACACUGUAUUGAGGCUCGCAGCCCGAGGACCUUUGUUCUGUCGCCCCCUGCUGUCAGUUAACAAGCAGGACCAACGGUUUGCCCCCCACUGCAUAAGACCCACCCACACCCCACGCAGUGUGAGGCUGUGCUUGUGUGUGUGUGUGUGUGUUCUUUGACCCCGAGGUCACCAUGUUCUGGACUGUGGUCUUUGCGCUGCUGUUUCUCCUGCUGGAGACUCAGCUGUGUCUGUGCUUGCGGGAGCUACGCAACGGUGGUUCCAGAUCCACCAACUUCAUGACAUCACUUUUUUCUUUUAAAUCAUCGUCAUCAUCGUCAUCUUCCUCGUCAUCCUCCUCUUCCUCCAACCACACCCAGCAGCGCCUGCCGGGCGCUAUAAUCAUCGGCGUGCGUAAGGGCGGCACCAGAGCUUUGUUGGAGAUGCUGAACCUGCACCCAGAUGUGGACGUGGCGAAGGCUGAGGUGCAUUACUUCAACGUGGAAGAGCAUUACCAGCAGGGGCUGGACUGGUACCGUGCCCAGAUGCCCUUCACCCAGGCGGGCCAGCUUACAGUGGAGAAGACCCCGGGCUACUUCGCCUCGACCCAGGUCCCAGCGCGGGUUUGGGACAUGAACCCGGCGGUGCGCCUGCUGCUCAUCGUCCGCGACCCCGCCGAGAGGCUGGUCUCCGACUACACCCAGGUCCGCCACAACCGCCUGGAGCGCCACAAGCCCUACCAGGCCCUGGAGGAGAUGCUGCUCCACCAAGGAGACAUCAACCCAGAGUACAAAGCACUGCAGAGGAGCCUGUACCACCAGCACCUGGCCCGCUGGCUCGAGGUGUUCCCCAGGGAACAGAUCCACAUCGUGGACGGGGACGCGCUGAUCCGAGACCCCUACCCCGAGCUACAGAAGGCAGAGCGGUUCCUGGGCCUUCCGGCCAGAAUCAGCCCCAGCAACUUCUACUACAACAGCACCAAGGGGUUCUACUGCCUGCUGUCCGCGGGUCACGACAAGUGCCUGGAUGAGUCCAAAGGCAGGCCACAUGCACCGCUCAGCGAGCAGGCCUUCAGGAAGCUCUGUCACUACUUCAGGAAGCCCAACAGGGUGUUCUUCGGCAUGGUAGGGAGGUCCUUCUCCUGGUGCUGACCAAUCUUUCCCAGAAUGUUGCGCGGUGAAUGCAAUCUUCCCUAGACAAUGUUGAACGCAGGGGUGAGGGCCGGCAAGCAGAUGUUAUACUGAGCCACAGCACACUGGGUCUAUAAGAGGUGGUAGGUUAACAGAGAAUGGACGAAAGACCAACAGAACAACUGAUGGCAACAUUGUCUCUGAAGAGAGGUUGUUCAAUUCAGAAAGAUGGAUUAAUAACUAUGUAUGUGUUUUCAAUGAAUUGCUUCGAUCGUCUGAAAUUAGGAUGCUUUUUUU